GACGAUUUCUCGCCGGUCUCCAACCUCCGCCUCACCAUGGAGCAGCUGGGACGCGGCCAACAUGAAAAAGCUGAGGAAGAUCUGGGAAACAAGAAUACUAAUAGUUUACAAAGAACUGUGUCAUCGGAAUCGACAGACUCAGAUGAGAUGCUUUAUCAGUGGAAAUGAAAUAAGCCAUUACCCCAUAACUGUUAGAGUCAGGGAAGCUUCUGAUAGUUCACUGGUCCAGCCCAGUGAUGGGAAUCAGUGUCUCCAACUGAAUUUAUAUACCAGUCUGACUGCUGUGCUUUGGAUUCACCUGUUCCUGCAUCCUCAAAUGAUAUCAUGGAGGAAACGUUUGAGAAAGCAAUUCUUGAAUCCAGCAAACUGAACGUUCGGAUGCCAUUCAGAAGAAUCCAUUCAAUGCCACAAAACCUCCUGGGAUCCAGUCCUGCUCUGAAGAGAAACCAUUCUGAUUCCCUGGAUGACAAUGCUUUUCAACUGUUGAAACAAGAUGACUACAAGGAGAAUGAACCAUUUGAGUUUAAGAAGCCAACCAAACCAGCUUCUCGUUCUUCUGUGCAUGUUCAUUACCCUGCUGGAAAUGGUGUUCCUGGACCAAGGCAGAAUUCACCUCCAGCUCAGAGAGUUCCCAUGGGUGAAACACCCAAGGGUAGAAAGAAACACUACAGCUCAGUUUUCCUGCGGAAGUCUUCUCUGACUUCCUCUGAAAGUGAAGAUGAUGAUGGAUUCCUGGAGUUGCUAGACGACCAAGAUUUGAAGAACGAUGAGGAGAUGUCACCUGAUGUGGCAAGCCUCUGGACUGCACCACUAGUCAUAAGGAGAGCAGACAAUCGGGCCAAACGAUGCCGGCUGUUUGGCUCUUCAUCUCUGACUAGUGGUGUAGGAAGAACCACUCAGAAAAGAAUGGAGAGAUCCCAGGAAGAGGAUACUCCAGGGAAAAAUAAGAGGAGGAAAAGCCUGACUGAAACAACUUCUGAGGACUCAACAAAUCUGGAAACGGUGAAGACACAAUGCUCCAUAGCAGAGAUCGAAAACAUUUUGGAUGGUGACCAGACAGACCUUAUUGGUGACUUCUCAAAGAGUUAUUUAUUCCGCACUGUCGAUGGGAAACAUCAAGACUUGAAAUAUAUCGACUCGGAAAUGAUUGUGUCUGUGCUGACUGGGAAGUUCGCAGACUUCAUCAAGGAAUGUGUGAUAAUUGAUUGCAGAUACCCAUAUGAGUAUGAAGGAGGACACAUCAAGGGUGCUAUAAACCUACAUAUGGAAGAGGAUGUGGAAAACUAUUUGCUUAAGAAGCCAAUCAAGCCAUCAGAUAACAAACGAGUGAUAAUAGUAUUUCACUGCGAGUUUUCUUCGGAGCGCGGUCCUCGAAUGUGCCGGUUUGUGAGAGAGCGGGACAGGCUGGGUAACGAAUACCCCAACCUCCACUACCCAGAACUGUACAUCCUGAAAGGGGGCUACAAGGACUUCUUCUUCAGAUGCCGUAGUUUCUGCGAGCCCCAGAGCUAUCGCCCCAUGGACCAUGAGGACUUUAAAGAAGACUUGAAGAGGUUCCGCACCAAAAGCCGAACCUGGGCUGGUGAGAAGAGCAAAAGGGAACUGUACAGUCGCCUGAAGAAGCUCUAAAGGCUGAACUGAACUUAGAGCAAAGACUGCCUGUCCGGGGGGGAAGCUGCAACGGGGGGGAGAAGAAGCUGUUCCUGGCUUGCAGUGAUCAGGCACUGGCUCUCUCCCCAUCUGUCAUCUCACUGGGAACACCCUGGAACUUGGAGCUGCAGGCUUGCUCCCAGCAACCGGGAUGCUGUCUGGGAGCUGAUUCUGCUGACUAUUCUCAUUACGUUCCAUUUUGGAAAUGGCUUCUUGUGUUCUGCAGCAUCUACAAAGUUCAACAUCCUGCCCA